GGAGUUGGAGUCGAGUCUACAUCCAUCCGAUGCAGCUUUUUUGUCGUGGUGUUGCCUGGAUGGAGUUGCUGGGCUUGCAGGGUCGAGUCUACAUCCAUCGGAUAUGCAGCUUUUUUGUGUAUUUAAGCCCGUGGUUCGUUUGGUCAAGCAGCCGAGCAUUGUGGCUCAAGCUCAACUCUCAAGCAUUUGGUUUUGACGACCUUACCACAUUCAAUCUCAGAGAGAGGGAGAGAGAUGGGACAGUGCUGCGCUCCUGGUCAUCGCCAGCCUUUUCUGACACAUCACAACACAGCAGAGAUCUUCAAACAGUUUGACACCAAUGGAAAUGGGGAGCUGGAAGCCACCGAAUUGAGGAGCUUCUUCAAGCAAGCUUUCCCGGAGACAGAACUCUCGGAGACAGAGAUGAAUGACUUGGUGACACAGUUUGAUACUGACCAGAAUGGAACAAUCGGCCUCAAUGAGCUUCAGGCCUUCCUUCGCUGUUACGAACCAUGGACCAAGACCAUCCAACGCAAGACCGCUCUUCUCGUCAUCGAUGUGCAGAAUGAUUUCAUCACCGGGACUUUGGCGGUGCAGAAUUCUGACAGCAUCGUGAAGGUGAUCAACGAGAUUAGAGACCAGUUCGACUGUGUGGUGAUUUCUUACGACUGGCAUCCACAGGAUCAUUGCUCCUUCGUUGAAAGCGCCAAUGAUGGGAAGCUAAAGAUCAAAGAAACUGGGAGUGUAGGCAGCUUCAAGGCAUUCAACCAGGUGACAUUGCUUGCCGACGAUGAUCGAGCUGAGCAUGCACAAAUGCUGUAUCCGCGCCACUGUGUUCAGAAGUCAUGGGGUAGCGAGUGCCACAAGGACUUGGUUGUGAAGCCACAGGAUAUGUCCGUCUACAAGGGGCAGAAGGCCAACAUUGACUCUUACUCAGCCUUCUUCGACAACUGCAAGGCCAAUGACACUGGCCUCACGAAGCAGUUGGAGGAUGCUGGAGUAACAGAUGUUUACUGCUGCGGCUUGGUGUUUGACAUUUGUGUCAAGUCCAGUGCUUUGCACGGAGCCGAGAAUGGAUUUCGUGUGUCCGUGAUUGAAGAUGCCUGUAAGCCCUUGAGCGAAAGCGAAGUGGAGCCGACCAAGAAGCUUCUGGCGGAGGCUGGUGUCAAGGUGAUGUCCUCAAGCAAGGCCACAGAGGAGGUGAAGCAGAUCGGAGGAGGGAAGAUGGCUCUGAAGGAGUUUGUUGAGUCAGUGAAGCCCCACAAACGUGCGGCUGCGCUUCACAAGUCUGAGACGCUUUCCUCUCAUUGUCCUGCUGCCAGGUAAACGCCUAGCAGGCAUACAAUAGGCUUGCCAGCGUUGUGAGUGCGUGUAGACCAGAGAAAGCUGAAAUCACUGAAGCAAAUAGAAAACAAACCUGCAGUUGAUAGGCAUUAGUCCUUGUCAGCUUCC